CUUAUCCAACCUUAGUACUAAAAAAAUAUAGGAAAUAGUCGGAUGCGUAUCUUCUCUUCGUCCUUUUUAAUUCUUUUUUGUUUGCUCCGCCUCAUUUGAUUUUUAAAAAACUAGAAACGGAAUGCGAAGGGUUCGGGCUUUUGCACACUGUUCAUCUUACUCCAGCAUCUCGAGGCGUUUCAUUGCUUUGCAAGGAGACACACACACACAAUUUUGCCGGAUUGAGAAAUCAAGAGCACUCCCAUCUCUGAUAUCUCUUACCGGAUUGAGAGAGCUUCCUUUCCCCUCAAUUUUGCCUUCUUUCGUUGGGAGUCGGAUCCAAGGAAGAGGAGAAUCGGCGGCAUCAAAAAGCUCAGCAAUUGGAGGCAGCUUGUGCAUGUGGUUAAGGUUGUGUUGGUACAGAUUCAGGAUGGAGGGUAAUGGCCACAGCAGCAGCAAGAGCCUUCAGAGGGUGAUAUCUAGGAAGGCUAUGCAGAUUGGGAGCUCUGCUCCCUGUAAAAUCUGGGUGACGGGGUUCUUCUGCGGUGUCUGCAUUAUGUAUCUGUUUGGUGUUGUUCUACCUCCACUCCGAAUCCCGCAGAACCGAUCAGCCUAUCCACCACUGCGGCGAGCAAUCCUCUGGAAUCCUACAUCGACUGAUACUGCAGAUGGGGCUGCAGCAACAGAUGAGUUGGCUUCUGCACAAGAAAAGAUAGAAGAACCAAACAAAAAUGAGCACAUCACCGAAGCUAGGAUAAUGCACCUGUACAAUGCUUGGAGCACUUUGCUCAAUACCACCAGAGACGAAGUUCUGAAAAGUUCAGACGUGUCGCGACCACCUCAUCUGGAUGAUUGCAGGCUUAAUGUAGAAAGAAACAAACGAUUUGACAGUUACGGUGAUAAUGGCACAUUUCCUCCUUGGACGUUAUGGAGAGGAUCACUUGGACUUGAACUACUCAGCCAAAACUAUUUAGAAAAGGGGGAACAAAUGCAUUUCACUCCAAAUGCAAAUCCGGAUAGGCAAUAUCCUCCUUGGAUUGUAGGAUCAGAUGAAGAAAACUAUCCACUGACAAGACGGGUGCAGAGAGAUAUAUGGAUUCAUCAGCAUCCGCCAAACUGCAGCGAUCCAAGCUUGCGGUUUCUGGUUGCAGACUGGGAGAGACUACCUGGAUUUGGUAUCGGUGCGCAACUCGCUGGAAUGUCAGGACUUCUUGCUAUUGCCAUAAAAGAGAACAGGAUUCUCGUUGCUAGGUACUACAAUCGUGCUGAUCACAAUGGUUGCAAAGGUGCCUCAAGAUCUAGCUGGUCCUGUUACUUUUUCCCAGAGACAUCUCCAGACUGCGAGAAGCGGGCUUUUGAGCUAAUGAGAAACAAAGCCUCUUGGGCCGAUGGUACUGUAAAAGUGAAGGAGAACUAUACCUCCAAGCAAAUAUGGGUUGGGCAUAUACCUAGGGUAUGGGGAGAACCUUGGAAAUAUAUGCAACCGACGACAGAGAUAAAUGGGAGAUUAAUUACAAAUCAUCGUAAAAUGGAUCGGAGAUGGUGGAUUGCACAGGCCACAAGAUACCUUAUGAGGUUCCCAACGGAGUACACGUGCGGACUACUGAAUGUUGCUAGGCACUCUGCAUUUGGUCUGCAAACAGCAAAAUUAGUUCUCGAAAGUAUUCAAAAUAAUUCACCAAAGGUUGGCACUACUAGAACCAAAUCUGACGUUGAACGUCUUGUGUGGUCAGACCACAAACCAUAUAUACCUCGGCCUCUUCUCAGCAUGCAUGUAAGGAUGGGAGACAAAGCUUGUGAAAUGGUAGUGGUAGGCUUUGAGGAAUACAUGGACCUGGCCGGCAAACUCCGCAAACGGUUUCCAAGUCUCAAGAGCAUCUGGCUUUCUACUGAAAUGCAGGAAGUUAUUGAGAAAACUAAACUUUAUCCUGAGUGGAAUUUCUAUUUCACAUACGUGGCACGCCAAGGCGGUAAUAUGACCAUGGCAAUGUAUGAGGCCAGCCUGGGCCGUGAGACUAGCACAAAUUAUCCCCUUGUAAAUUUCAUGAUGGCCACUGAAGCAGAUUUCUUCAUUGGAGCCCUGGGAUCAACCUGGUGCUACCUCAUUGACGGAAUGAGAAACACCGGAGGAAAGGUAAUGUCCGGCUAUCUAUCGGUGAACAAGGACCGAUUCUGGUAAGAAAUUCAUAGGCUGCUUGCAUCAUCGAUUGUUUUGUAUCUCCGUUGAAUAGAGAUGUGGUGGCCUAGUUUGCUUCUGUACAGCAGUAGGACAUGUAUGAAGUAGGUAGGAGAACAGUACUUUCUAUAUCAAAUCAGGUCCAUAUCUUUUGAUCUGGUAUCCACUGAAAGCUAGAUUUAGUAUCUCUUCUCUUGGUCGAACUUAUCGAGAAAGAGGAUGCACUUACUCUA